CUUGCCUUCGUCUCUGACUCUCGCGGUACUGCUGCACGAAGAUGGCGGCCGAACUGGUGGAAGCGAUGAACAUGGUCAAAAGUUUCCGGGUCUCCGACCUGCAGACGCUGCUGGCCUCAAUGGGUCGCAGCAAAAGUGGGCUGAAGCAGGACCUGGUGGGGCGCGCACUGAGGCUGGUGCAGACCGAAUACAGCCCAGAGCUUCUGAAGAAUGUCAGGCAGCUCUACGAGUCGCGCUUCCCCAAAACAUCUGGCUGGCUUGCAGCACGGCGUCCAGAGGGUGUUCCAGUUGCCUACUCACCCCUCAGCUCCUCCCCAACGGCCACCUCUCAGGGUGCAGACUACCUCAACGGCAUUUCCAAACCAAUCCCCACACCUGCAGCAGAGGUAAAGUUGGUGCCACUGCCCUUCUACCAAACUUUGGAGACACUGUUGCCACCAACAGAGCUAAUUGCCCAGAACAAUGAGAAACUGCAGGACAGUCAAUGCAUAUUUGAGUUAACACCGAACCAAGCAGACCAGAUCAGAAAUGCAAGUGAGCUUCGUCCAGGAAUCAGAUCAAUCCAAGUGGUUCUUAGAAUCUGUUACACAGACUCCAUUGGUGUCCAGGAGGACCAGUAUCCUCCCAACAUUGCAGUCAAAGUCAACCAGUCCUACUGUCAUGUGCCGGGCUAUUACCCCUCUAAUAAGCCUGGUGUUGAACCCCGUCGUCCCUGUCGACCUGUAAACAUCACUCCCUGGUUGCAUCUCUCCAGUGUCACUAACAGAGUCACCAUCACCUGGGGAAACUUUGGCAAGCGGUACUCAGUGGCAGUAUACUUAGUGCGAGUCUUCACUGCAGCAGACCUCUUCAGCCAACUCAAACUCUGCUCUGUUGAGAGUGCAGAACGCUGUCGUGAACGCAUCCAAGACAAACUACGUUUUGACCCAGAAAGUGAAAUUGCAACCACAGGCCUUCGGGUUUCUCUCAUCUGUCCAUUGGUGAAGAUGCGGCUCGGUGUGCCAUGUCGAGUUUUAACUUGUGCCCAUCUUCAGUGUUUCGACGCAGUCUUCUUCCUGCAGAUGAAUGAGAAGAAGCCCACGUGGACUUGCCCUGUCUGCGACAAGCCCGCUCCCUUUGAGCUGCUCACAAUUGAUGGGCUGCUAUCUGAGAUUCUGAAAGAGACAAGUGAGGACAUUGAGGAGAUUGAGUACUUAACCGAUGGCUCCUGGCGACCCAUCAGAGACGAUAAGGAGAGGGACAGGGAAAGAGAACGCAGCAACACACCAGACUACCCUGUUGUUGAUAUAUGCAUUCCUGAGGCAAACGGUCAUUCACCGGCCCACAGCAGCACCAGCCUGACGGGCAAAUCUGGAAGCGGUUCCGUGGGGAUGGCAGGGGUCACAGGAGGACCUGCUGUGGCACCGGGAGGAGGCGCAGUGGUAGAUCUGACUCUUGACUCCUCCUCUGAGGAGGAAGGGGGCGGGGCAGGAGGAGACAGUGAGGACACAGAGGACAGCGCUGACAGUCCUGCCCCAAAGAGGGGCCGAUACAACUACGACAAGGACCUGGUCACUGCUUACUGACCCCGCAGCUCUGUCCCCUCAUAGACUGACACACACACAGAGACAGAGAGGCAGGGGGCUAAAAACUUGAGGACAGGAACACAGUAAUCCACUAGAUGCAACGACCCUCCCUUAUUCCCAAACAUCAGAGCCUUUUAGCAGCUCUGGUUUAUUUCCAGACAAAACAAACACACACUCAAACAUGCACUGUUAAUGAAUCUUCAAUCUAGAGUGAUUAGGAUUCCUCUUUGUACUGUACACCACUGGAAGCAACUCUAACUCUUUUUGGCCAACCGUCACCUUGCAGUGAAUAUCUGUACCGUCCUGCCUCUACUAAAGAAACUGAAUGGAUCGAGCACCCCAACAACACCACCCCCCCAUUUCCUCCUCUCUCUCCAGACAAUUUCCUCUCUACCACCCCAUCUCUCUUUACAUUUGACUUGGAAUUACAGGCUCUUUUUAGCCAUGGGCGUUCAAUAUUUGCUUCUCUGAUUUUUGUCACAUAUGUGAUGAACAGGCAAGUUGAAAAUGGAGGCUUCUCAGUAGUUUUUGGUAAAAGGUCAAAAAACAACUAAUGGAAAAGAGCAGGAAUAAGUUGGGGGAGGACAAGGCAGAGGUAUAUGGAGUGUGAUGCAAAUUGAAACCUCUCUCAUUGUGUUAUUAUUUCUUUGUUCAGAGAAUGAAUUCAAAGCUUGAAAGGGUUUUUUCAGGAAUUUAUCCUUUUAAUUAUGAAAGGGCAGAACACAAUACUGGCCUCAAUGUGUAAUGCUUUCCAUUUUUAUUUUGUCCUUUAGAUAAGAGAACCUACCUCAGUCAUAAAAACUUAGCAGACUGACCAGAGAGUAGCUAAGAAAGAAGCAGAGGACAGAAGAAUUGAUGAGUCUUUCUGAAGCCAAUUUUACACUGGAGAUUUUGUUUUCCUACACUUUGUUUUUUAUUUUUUAAUUCCAUCGUCCCAUGCAGCUCUGUUUCCUCUGCAGCAACAAAAUCUUUUUUUGAAGGGGCAAGUUAGUUUGUAGAUAACCAAGCUAACUGUAGGUAUCAGUGAUGCUUGGAACUGUGCCACUGUGUACAACAUUACUGCAGUUAUCUUGCUGUAACAGGAUUAUUAGGUUUGAUUAUAUCAGCAUUGCAAAUGGACUUAACUCAAAAUUACUGUACGGCAGCUGUGCCAAAGCAGAUGUAUUUUUAAGAAUUCACAGGAAACGGUUACAAGAAUCUGGUGCCUUUUUUUUUUUUUUUUUUUUUUCUUUAUAAAGUGGUAAAGAUUGCAGCCCGUUGUUUUAAGACUAGCUGAGCUGGCCAGCAGAUGAGACCCCAGUCUGAGAGGUGUUUUAUUUCAUUCAUUUUUUCCAUAUACUUUUCCAGUUUGAGAAACAGACAGAGACAGAAAAAAUCUGAGGAACAUUUAUUUAACAGGAUUCAGAAGUGCUGUCCUCCUUUUUUCCCCAGAUUUUGGCAUCUUUCUCUGCAAGUAUCAUCUUUAUUUAAUUGCUUCACAUUCUAAUAAGUCAUUUGUAAUAAAUCUACAUAGUAUUUUGCUGUAGUUCUGUACAGACAGGAGCUUGUAGUUGCAGAAAGCAGGACACCUCUGCUGCUGUGGGUGCUUUGGGUGUUGAGAGGCUCGCGGCUGUGCUGUUGAUGAACGCACCUUUUCUUUUCCUGUGAAUGAAUCUGAACUGGGUCAAAGAAGCAUUCAGUGUAUUUUGCUGCGGUGGGUUCAGCAUGUCUGACACAACAAAACUUAAUGAAGUGUCAACAAGUCCAACCCCACCUAGCUUGAAGUCAUUGAUUGGAUUACAAAUUGUCCUGUCUGGAACAAGUGGAGCUGCUUCAACCAACAAUUCCCCUCGGCCUCCUUUCAAUGUAGAUAAGGUCAUAUCUAUUUACUGGAAUAGAUUUGGACUUAAAUUGCUACAUGCUGUAGGCUUACAACUAAUGUUCCCUUUCACCUGCACUAGUAUUGUCAGUAUGUGAUUGCUGUUUCUCAGAUAAGGAUACACAGGCUGCAUGUGCAGGCGUUAGGUUUGUCCGCUGGAAGGUCAUCGGCGUUGAAGAGAAAAGCUGUUGCUGUGUUGCUAGAUUUGUUUGCACUUUCAUCUGAUACUUCAUCCCAAGUUUAUGGCAUAUUUAUUUCAAAGCCAUCGUGUAGUGAGCAUUAAUCCGGGUCCCUGACAAUUGUGACCAGAUCUCCUCAACCAUCUCAUGUAUGGAAAUCAGCAAAUGUGAAACUACAAAAGCAGCAGUCCUACUCAACUGUGAGACACUCGGGAGGGAAAAAGUAGUGACUCAGAUUAGCUCUGCAUGCUAUGUUUCCCCCUCUCCUCAUCCCUUUCUUGUGGUUUGAUCAGCACAGAAUCGGGUUUUCUUUUGCCUUGCUCAAAUGCACAGCAAAACAACAUUUACACUUGGAUCCGGGACCGCACUGUUGAUAACUGCAUCCUGUGAAAGGGUUAAUUAUUGAAAAAGUAGGUCGAAGCAAAUCUGGUCUUCCAUUUUUCUCCUUCUUUUGACACAUUGACAUAGUUAAAAAAAAUCAAUGUAGUGAUGAAAAAAAAUUGGUAAUCACACAGAAUUGAUUGACGGCACUUUGCCUGUACUACAUCGGAAUCUGUCCCUGAAAAGGAUAUUCUAUAUAAGGCGCUUUGAAGCAAAAUUAUGUAAAGAACUCUAAUACCUGUCUUUAACUAGGCAAUUUGUAUUUGUAAGUAACUGCUAUACAUAUAAAAUGACAUUGUUCAUUUGUUGCUAGGUAUAGAGGAUCACUAUUUGAAAGGAUCUCCUAAACUUGGUCAGAGGUGGGAGGUGGUGCAAGUUGCUUCUGUGGAUCUGAGCCAGAUACGUUUGCAGGUUGUUUGAAAGCUGGAGAGAGCUGAGGGUCUGGUCUUUUUGUAGUGGCAUCUCUACUUCUUAUAAUAAUGCAUAAGGUAGCAUGGGCAGAGGCUUACAAUCCAUGAUGUAAAUGUUUUGUUGUGUUUUUUUUAUAUGUUCAUAUUAAAAGACAAUAAAAUUUAAAUAAUAUUUUA